AUGGGGCAAUUGGCCAGUGAGAUGAGAGAAAGGAAGCAAGGAGAGUUGCCUUCCAUGGCCAACAAGAACCCACGAGUCAACCAAGCCAAGGCAAUCAUAACUUUGAGAAGUGGGAAGGAAUAUGACAACAAGGUUACUCCUAAUGAUGAUAAUGCGGAGAUGGAUGAAGCAAGGGAACCUUUGUUGACUCCUAACGUGCCAAGAGUACCUCCCAUAUUUGAAGAGAAGUCUAAGGGCGUGAAGGAGAAUUUGAAAGAUGAUGGAGUGAUCAAAGACAAGACCAAGACCAUGAAUAAUGAUGUGGGAGCAAGUGGGUCCAAGCCAAGUUUUGAGGACGUGCAAGAAGAAGUGUCACUUCCUUUUCCACAAGCUAUGUAUCAAGAGAAGGCUUUGAGUAAGAAAGAGAAGAAAUCCAUGGAGUGUUUUGAUCUAUUCAAGAAGGUGGAGGUCAAUAUUCCUCUUCUUGAUGCAAUCAAGACCAUUCCUACAUAUGCUAAAUUUCUCAAGGACUUGUGCACUCACAAGCGGUAUAAGAAUAAAUUGAAGAAGGAUGAUAAAGUGUGCUUGAAUGAGAGAAUUAGUGCCGUACUUCAAAGGAAGUUACCUCCCAAGCUCAAGGAUCCGAGAUCUUUUACUAUUCCUUGCAAUAUUGGUGAGAGGCCAUUUGAGAAGGCUCUUUUGGAUUUGGGGGCUAGUAUUAAUUUGAUGCCUUAUGGAGUUUACAAGGAGCUUGGGUUAAGGGACAUCAAGCCUAUCCAAAUUUCUCUCCAACUAGCCGAUAGAAGUGUGGUGUACCCGAGAGGAGUCGUGGAGGAUGUCUUAGUGCAAGUCGAUGAAUUGGUCAUACCGGCCGAUUUCAUUAUUCUUGACAUGGAGGAAGUUUACCAAGAUGAUCUCCCUAUCAUCUUUGGUAGAGCUUUUAUAGCCACGGCGGGGACAAAAAUUGAUGUGAAGUUGGGCUUGCUUACCAUGACGGUGUAUGAUACAACAAUUGGCUUUAAGAUAUUAGAUGAAUUGAGGAAGCCCAUGAGACUCCAAAAAGUCUAUUCUAUUGAAGUAGAGGACAAGAUCAAUGACUUGGUGGAACACACUUUUCAUGAGACUUCAUCAAGUGAUGCCUUAAAAGCGGCAUUAGCACACUUUGGAAUGGAUUUUUAUGAAGAAAGUACUAUAAAGGCAGUGGAACAACUUGAUUCUUAUCUUUCUAUGAGUAGACCAACACUUGAGGAUGGUGAUUACACAAGGCAUGAGGCUAAUGAGGUGCAUACCUUUAACACUUAUCUUUCCAUUGAUUCCACUCCUCCGAUUGUAAGUUCAACUUCCAUUGAGUUGAAGCUCCUUCCCUCACACUUGAAGUAUGUAUAUAUUGAUGAUGCAUGCACGUUGCCUCUCAUUAUCUCUUCGAGUUUGUCACAAGUGCAAGAGUCCAUGCUUCUUGAAGUUCUUCGGAAGCAUAAGGGUGCCUUUGGGUGGUCUAUUAGUGAUAUCAAGGGCUUGAGCCCUACUAUUUGCAUGCACCAUAUCUACAUGGAGGAUGAAGCAAGGCCGAGGAGGGAACCUCAAAGAAGAUUAAACCCUAAUAUGCAAGAAGUAGUUAAGAAGGAGGUCAUUAAGCUUCUUGAUAAUGGAGUGAUUUAUUCCAUUUCGGAUUCCAAGUGGGUAUCACCAAUUCAAGUGGUGCCCAAGAAGGGUGGAAUGACGGUGGUAGAAAAUGAAAAGGGCGAGAUGGUUCUGGAGAGUGUGUAUAGAUUACCGAAAGCUCAAUACUGCCACUCGAAAGGAUCACUUCCCACUCCCUUUCAUAGACUAAAUGCUUGA